AUGGCUGAGUCAUCUGAUCAACCUCCGGAAUCACUGAUAAAAUUCAUGAGAGAGAUCCAGAAGCAAGGAGAUGAGCAAUUAAAACAGCUCACCGAUGGAGCACAGAAAUUCAUGGAUAUGUAUGCGAAGACCUAUACACCACAAGCAGAUCUGGAACAACAACUCAAAGAAUCACAAGAAUCCGAACGUCGGGUCCGCCAAAAAAUGCUCGAAAUGGAAAUUGAGCACAAGGAAUAUGUUUUGCAAUUGCAAGACAAGCUGACUAAUGCUGAGGAGGAGAGCGAGAACUUGAAAGCAAAAUUGGAAGUGAAAUUCGAGGAAUACGGGGAAAGACCAUGUCGCAUUAAUCCAUUCCAACUAAAAUUAUCGAAAAUGAAAAUCGAUCAUCAACAGCUGGAAAUUCAAAAUUUGAAUAUUGAAAAUUCGCGUCUCUUCCUGACACUGAAAUCGAUGAAAGAGGAAUUCAGAAUUGAGCAUGAGCAAUCUAGCAAACUGCUCACAUUGUAUUCGAAACAGUUGGAUAACACUUUGAUACUGAUGAAUGAGAUGAGAACUACAACGGAGGACUACAAGUUGUUGAUCAGAAAUAGAGAUGAACAUAUUUCUGAACUUAAGGACAAUUUCAAAGACUUGGUCGAUGUCAGUAAUGGAGUCAAAAAGACACUCAAAGACAUGCAAUCUCAACUUCAGAAAGCCCUUACAGUAAUCGGAAGACAGGAUUUGGAGCUUGAAGAUCUUCGACGUCUUCGGGACGAGUUAGAAGCCGUGGGAACUUCAGAAUCCCAGAAAAUCUGGAAUUUGACGAGCCUUUUCACUGAAAAUCGGAACAGAAUGUUGAGACUGAGCAAGGAAAACGAGGAAUUGACCCGGAAAAUGGAAAAACUGCAGUUGGACCAGAAAAAAUUGGAAAAGGAUCAUUUGGAAGAAGUCAAUGAGCUGCAGAUGAUUCUGGAGACACAGGAUGAUGAGCUGGAGAAGAUGAAAAUUGAAAGAAUGUCGACGGAUUCGCCUAAACCGACGCAGGAGUUCACUCAAGAGUAUUUCGAUGCUCUCCAAGCAAAAUUGGAUAGGGAUAUUCGGGAAAAUCCCGCAUCCGUUGACCCAAACAUCAUCAUCCUCACAAAGCAACACGCUCGUCUUCAUCAAACUCUGAACGCGCAAGCCAAGGCCUACACGAAUCUCGUCGAAAUGCACAUUCGUCGUGAGGAAAUUGCGAUUUUGGAGAAACUGGAAUUCGCCGAAACCAUCAAAGCCUAUCAGCUGAGACUGAUGGAGGGCAAAAAGUUGAAAAAUCGAAAGGAACGUCUUCAGGAAAUUGAGAAGACGUACGAGAAGAAGAGACAGGAGGCGCAGACGUGUACGCAGAAUUUGAAGAAUGUCGUUGGGUCGUUGAGUGAUAUUCGAGCUGGAAUGCAAGCGUUCGUUGGAGAGCAAAUUGGAUUUCCAGAGUCGUUGAGAGCACUGAGUCGGUCGUUGAAUGGAACAGAAGACACUCCUCCAUCGUCCACGCCUUCUUCUUCCUCUCCCUCAAUUCCCCAACCGCGUGGACCGCUUCCUGCGAUGCUCCUAGCAGUUCAGGAUCACAGAUUGGAGCGGAAAGAGGUGGAAAUUUUGAAUCUGAAAAUGAGAUUGGCACAAUAUCAACGGACGGGUGGACCAAAAGAGGUCUCUACGACUGCUGAGAACGGCGAGAAAUCAGAAAUAUCGGUGAACACAGGGUCCGGAUCUGUCUACACCAACCUAACCAACGAGGAGCUCAACGAGCACGUUGUCCGUUGCUACUCGGCUCUGGCCUGCUACCAAAAAGCCAAUUCUGGUCUUAUUGAUCAGCUGGUCCUCGUUGAAAAAACGGCCUAUAUGGACCGAAUGAAAGCGGCAGAUAAGAUUCAAGAGCUACAGUAUGACGUGUUGAAAGCAAAAAAGCUACACGGACAGAACAAGCUGAUGCAUGAGGUGAAGAUGGAGUUUGUGGAGACGAUGAAGGGAAUUGAGGAGAAAAUUGAGAAGAGCAGAGAGGAUGUGCGAUUCUUGAGAGAUGGUCUGGAGCAGUUGUGUCUGGAGACAUUUGGAGAAACUAAGAGAGUGGUUGAUGACGUGGAUUGGAUAUCGACUAGAAACAUGAACGAGGCAUACAAGCAUAAACCGGAACCAACUGAAACGGAUGCACAUUUGGCGGAGAAGAAGAAGGAGUUGGCUAGGCUGAAGGAAGAGUUGAAAGCGCUGGAAACGGCAUAUGAAGCGACGUUGUGA